AUGUCAACCAUCCCGGCCUCGGCCCUCCAAUCGGGGUCUCCGCCCACGAUCCCACUGCCGUUCAACGCCAACCAGCCUGAGAAGGUUACGCUUUACCCGCUAUCCAACUAUACGUUCGGUGUGAAAGAGACACAGCCAGAGGAAGACCCGUCCGUAAUUGCCCGUCUGAAGCGUCUAGAAGAACAUUUCAGCGAGCAUGGCAUGCGCCGAACAUGCGAAGGCAUCCUAGUGUGCCAUGAGCACAACCACCCGCACAUCCUCAUGCUGCAGAUCGCAAACGCGUUCUUCAAGCUCCCUGGAGACUACCUGAAGCCAGAAGACGACGAGGUCGAGGGAUUCAAAGCUCGAUUGGACGAGAGACUUGCGCCAGUUGGCCGACUGGGCGAGGGAGAAGAGGCUGGAGACUGGGAGGUUGGCGAGUGCCUGGCGCAGUGGUGGAGGCCAAACUUUGAGACCUUCAUGUAUCCGUUUGUACCUGCGCACGUCACACGGCCCAAGGAGUGCAAGAAAUUCUACUUUAUUCAGCUACCGAAGAGCAAGGUUCUAAGCGUGCCAAAGAAUAUGAAGCUUUUAGCCGUCCCUUUGUUCGAGCUUUACGACAACACCGCCAGAUAUGGACCGCAGCUGUCCGCUAUUCCUCAUAUACUCAGUCGCUACAACUUUGAGUUUGUUGACGAGAAUGGCGAAGUUGUCGCUGCAACCCCUGGUUCAGGUGCUCCUGAUGGAUAUGUGCCCAAGACCAAGGUUCUGGCCGGAGACGAUACGGAUAUGGUUGAGGAAAAUGGGACACAUUAG